AUGGCGGCGUUACCAGCAAUGCGGCAGCUGGGCUGCUUGAGAUCAAUGAUCAAACCUCAAGGGGCUAUUCAGCAACAACUAGGUCGUCGAUUCAUUACAACUCGCUACUCCCAGCGCCCCGAGCGCGUUCCCCUCCCUCCAACCCUCCCCCAGCAAUUCCUGUCACAAUUACCAGCUCGCAUGCAGCCUCAGAAUGCACCCAAACCGAUUAAGGUCUAUCCUGCUCCUCCCUCCGUUCGUGCUGUAUGCAAGGACCCAAUCGCAAAGGUCACCGAGUCGCAAUUGGAGACCCUGGACCCUAAGGGUGAUCGCAAAGCCCUGUUUGAUUACCGCCGGAAUCCCCGCAGUAUCAAGCCCGGCGAUAUUGUCCGAGUCACGUUCAAGAACGGUGACCCAUUCAACGGUGUUGUCUUGAGCAUUAGGCUGCGCGGCAUCGACACUUCAUUCCUCCUUCGCAACGAACUGACUCGCGUUGCCGUCGAAAUGUCGGUCAAAGUUUUCAAUCCCAACGUCCAGAGCGUGGAGAUCGUCCAGCGGGCACAGCGCAAGAUCCGCCGCGCAAGACUGUACUACAUGCGGUCUCGCAAGCACGACCGUCGCAGUGUGGAGAACGUUGUGGCUGCCUACGUCCGCCAGAAGAGAGCUUUCUUAGGUGGUGGCAAACGGUGA